CGCUUUGCUUCCAUCCCACGCUACGUGGAAACCCUGGUGGUGGCCGACGAAGAAAUGAUGCGCUUUCACGGCGCAGGGCUCAAACCGUACCUGCUCACCAUCAUGGCGGCGGCUGCCAAGUUCUUCCGCCAUCCGAGCGUCAGGAACCCCGUCAGUUUGGUGGUGACCAGGCUGGUGGUGAUCGGAGAAGCCGAGGACGGGCUGAGGGUCACCUCCAACGCGGCCGAGACCCUCCGCAAUUUUUGCUCCUGGCAGAAAGGGCUGAACAGGGCCAGCGACAAAGACCCCGAGCAUUUCGACACGGCCAUUCUCUUCACCAGACAGGAUCUCUGUGGACGCUCCAGCUGUGGUACUCUGGGCAUGGCAGAUGUGGGCACCGUGUGUGAUCCGGCCCGCAGUUGUUCCAUAGUCGAGGAUGAUGGGCUCCAGUCGGCUUUCACGGCGGCCCACGAAUUGGGUCACGUCUUCAAUAUGUUGCACGACGACGACAAACACUGCAAGGAGCUGAACCGUCAAAGCAAUACCCGCCACAUGAUGGCCUCCGUCAUGUCUCCGGUCAAUCCUGACGAGAUGUGGUCCCCGUGUAGCGGCCGCUUCAUUACCGAUUUCUUGGACAACGGCCACGGUUCCUGCCUCUUGGACAAGCCCCACGAGCCCCUAAAGCUGCCCGCCGUCUUCCCUGGCAACAAUUACAACGUGGACCAGCAAUGCCAGCUCAGCUUCGGCACCGAAUCCCGCCACUGUCCCAACAUGCACCCUCCCUGCUCCUCCCUCUGGUGCACCGGCCAGAUCAACGGGCAGUUCAUGUGCCAGACCAAAUAUUUCCCUUGGGCGGACGGGACGCCCUGCGGCGAAGGGAAGAGCUGCAUGAGCGGCCAAUGCAUCAGCCACACGCAGCUGAAGGCCUACAAUAUUCCCACCAAUGGAGGUUGGGGCCCCUGGGGGCCGUGGGGCGACUGUUCCCGCAGUUGUGGCGGUGGGGUUCAGUACUCGACCCGCGAAUGCAACAAACCGGUUCCCCGAAACGGUGGCAAAUACUGCGAGGGGAAGCGGACUCAAUUCCGUUCUUGCAAUGUGCAGGACUGCCCAGAUGGAAACGGUAAGCUCAGAUAUUAUCUAUCUAUCUAUAUCUAUAUCUCUAUAUCUAUCUCUGCAAACUAUCCUAAAAACACGAAUCCCAG